AUGAGCGACUUUGAAGACGAUUCUCAAGUCUACGAGAUUGAUUCUGACAAGGAUGGUGAUUUCCAAGACGAUGAUGAUGUGUUUGAGUUGGAUGAUGAUUCAGGCGACGAGUACGAAACGCCUGCUGCAAAGAAACGCAAGACAGCCGCAGCCCCCAAAGGCAAAACCAAGGCCACUACAGCCACUGUCAAGAAGACACCCAUCAAAAGAACACCCAAAAAGAAGCCUAUCAGCGCAGACGACAACAAUGAGAACGAUGAGAACGAGUUUCCUCUUGCGCCCAUCUUCAAUAUGGGAUCUGCUGCCAAGAAAGCUGCUACACCAAAGACCACUACCACAGCCAAGCCAAAGAAGACCACCGUAUCAACAGCCCAGAAGGACGAUGCAUUUGAAAGCUCGUCUGACUCACCUUCUACACCCAAGCCCAAAGCAGUAAGAAAGAAGACUACCACGCCUAAGGCAGCACCAAAGAAGGCCAAGGCAGGCGCCAAUGGCACAAUGGAUGCUUUCAUGAGUCCAGAUGUAGAAAUGUCAGAGGCAGAUAGUACUGAAGGCACACCUGCACCUAACAGCAAUAAGACUAUCGAGGAGAUUUAUCAGAAAAAGACACAAUUGGAACAUAUCUUGCUUCGUCCAGACACAUACGUUGGUUCUAUUGAAGCCGAAGAACAGGAAAUGUAUGUGUUUGACUCUGAAGAAAAGGCCAUCAUCAAGAAGAAGAUUAAAUACGUGCCUGGUCUCUACAAGAUCAUUGACGAGAUUCUAGUGAAUGCUGCAGACAAUAAGAUCCGCGACCCCUCCAUGAACGCCAUUAAGGUCAAUAUUGACCGCACAGCAAACUUUAUCUCCAUCUACAACAACGGAAGCGGUAUUCCUAUUACCAUGCACAAGGAUGAAAACUGUUAUGUCCCUGAGCUGAUCUUUGGUCAUCUGCUGACUUCCUCCAACUACGACGACAAUGAAAAGAAGGUUACUGGUGGUAGAAACGGUUAUGGUGCCAAACUCUGCAACAUCUUCAGCACAGAGUUCACUGUUGAGACGGGUGACAAAGAACGUAAGCUCAAGUACAAGCAAAUCUUCAAGGAUAACAUGUCUCAUACUGGCAAGCCUGCGAUCACUGCCAACGGUAGAGGCGAGCAGUAUACAAAGAUCUCCUUCCGUCCUGAUCUGAAAAAGUUCAAUCUGAGUGAGAUGGACGAGGAUUUCGAAGCUCUCAUCAAGAAGCGUGUCUAUGAUUUGGCUGGUAUCUGUAAGGGUGUCAAUGUCUACUUGAAUGGCGACAAGAUUGACGUCAAGAACUUCCAAGACUACUGCACUUUGUACUCCAAGACCAUGGAGUUCCGUCCCAAGGAAGGUGCUCCUACCAUGAUUGUUGAAAACGCCAGAGACAGCCCUCGCUGGACCAUCCACUUUGCUGUCAGUGAUGGUCAAUUCAACCAAGUCAGUUUCGUCAACAGUAUCUGUACAGCCAAAGGCGGUACGCAUGUCAACUACGUUGCCGAUCAAAUUGUCAAGGCCUUGAUUCCUGAAGUCCAAAAGAAAGCGCACAGCAAGAACAUUCGCCCCUUCCAGAUCAAGAACCACAUGUGUCUCUUCAUCAACUGUCUGAUUGAAAACCCUGCCUUCGACUCUCAAACCAAGGAAAACAUGACUUUGCGAGCCACUGCUUUUGGUUCCACCUACAAGAUCAGCGACUCCUUCAUCAAAAACAUCAAGAACUCGGGUAUCAUCGAUAACAUUGUGCGAUGGGUCAAGUUCAAGGAAGAUGAGCAAAUGACAAGGGCUGAUAAGACUAGCAUGACGCGCCGCCUCAAGAUUCCCAAGCUGGAAGACGCCAAUUUGGCUGGUGUGCGUCCCCACAACAAGUCGUGUACUCUUAUCCUCACUGAAGGUGAUUCCGCCAAAGCGCUAGUGCUGAGUGGUCUGUCGGUGGUAGGCCGCGACAAGUUUGGUGUGUUCCCUCUUCGCGGUAAGGUGCUCAACGUCCGUGAUGCUACCAACACUCAGAUCAUGAAGAAUACCGAAAUCACAAACAUCAAGGCUAUUCUUGGCUUAAAGCAUGGCAAGACUUACACUGAUGUCAGUGAGCUAAGAUACGGUAAACUGAUGCUGAUGACUGAUCAAGAUCACGAUGGAUCACACAUUAAGGGUCUCUUGAUCAACUUUAUCGACAGCAUGUUCCCCUCCCUGCUAGACAUUCCAGGCUUCCUGUUGGAGUUCAUCACACCUAUUAUCCGCUGUAAGCACAAGAGAACCAAGGAGGAGAUCUCCUUUUUCACCAUUCCAGAGUACGAGACCUGGGCAGAACAGCACAACAGAAAUAGUGAAUGGGAGCCCAAGUACUUUAAGGGUUUGGGUACCUCUGACAAGGCGGAUGCUCGUAGAUACUUUGGUCAAUUGGACAUUCACAGAAAGGAAUUUGCUACUCCCACUCCUGAGGCUCGUGAACUGGUUGACAUGGCCUUUAACAAGGACAGAGUUAGCGAUCGUAAAGCCUGGCUGGACACCUAUGAACCUGGUAUCUUUAUCGACCACAAUGUUAACAAGAUCAGAAUCGAUGACUUUGUCAACCAAGAAUUGAUGCUGUUCAGUAUGGCCAACAAUAUCCGUACUAUUCCUAGCAUGGUGGAUGGCUUCAAGCCUGGUCAGCGUAAGGUAUUCUUUGGUGCCUGUAAGCGUGGAAAGAACACUGAAGUCAAGGUCGCUCAAUUUGCCAAUUACGUUGCUGGUCUCACACAAUAUCACCACGGUGAAGCUACGAUUGCCUCCACUGUCAUCAACAUGGCUCAGGACUUUGUUGGCAGCAACAAUAUCAACUUGUUGGUGCCUGCUGGUCAGUUCGGUACUCGUCAUGAAGGCGGCAAAUCUGCUGCUAGCCCUCGUUAUCUGUUCACUCGUCUUCACAAGAUUGCUCGUUUGAUGUUCCAUCCCGAUGAUGAUGAGCUCCUCAACUACUUGAUCGAAGAAAACAAGCCUAUUGAGCCAGAGUGGUAUGUGCCUAUUCUUCCCAUGAUUCUUGUCAAUGGUGCCGAUGGUAUUGGUAUGGGCUGGAGCACCAACGUCCCCAACUAUAAUCCCAAGGAAAUUGCAGAGAAUCUCCUUUGUAUGAUGAAUGGCGAGGAACUUGUCCCCAUGCGCCCAUGGUUCAGAGGUUUCAAGGGUGAAAUUGUUCCUGAGGGCAACAAGUUUGUUACUAAAGGCAUUGCUGCCGUGGAUGCCGAGGGCCAUAUCAAGAUUACAGAGCUGCCUCUUCGUACCUGGACUGACACCUACAAGGACUUUUUGGAUGCCUGCCGUGAUCCCAAGGACAACAAAAAUCCACCUUUUUCCAUUAUCGAUUACUUCAACAACUCAACUGACAGUGCUGUGGAACUCACGCUUGAAGUAGACGAGGCAAACCUGGCCAAGGCUGAGGCUGGUGGCCUUGAGAAGGUUCUGAAACUUACAUCCAAUCUCAAUACUUCAAACAUGGUUUGCUUCAACCGAGAGGGCAAGCUGAAAAAGUACGAGUCUCCCGAAGAGAUUCUUAGGGAGUUUUAUCCAUUGCGUCUCGAGUACUAUGAGAAGCGAAAGCAACACCUUAUUCAUGUUCUCCAGGAUGAAUUUGAUCGUCUUGACAACAAGGCCAAGUUCAUUGAUCUCGUCAUUACCAAGAAGUUGAUUUACGUCAAUCGCAAGGAGCAAGAUGUCGUUGCUGAUAUGAAGAAACAUGGACUGAAGCAAAUCUUCCCUCGCAAGAAGAAGAGCGCUUUGAUUGUGGAAGAUGACGACGAAAGCAACAGCGAAGACCAAGACGGAACAGGCUACGAAUAUCUCUUUAGUAUUAAUGUCCGUGGUUUCACUGCUCAAAAGGUGGCCGAAGCGCUCAAACUCAAGGACGCCAAAUUCAACCAACUACAAGACGUACAAGGCACACCACCUAAAACUUUCUGGCGUAGAGAUUUGGAGGCAUUGCUGAAGGAAUGGGAUAAUAUAUUGCAGGAGGACGAAGUGCUCGCAAGCCAAGCUAAACCGCUCGCCUCACAAAGAACCAAGAAGAGAAAGAGAGUUCUCAAGAAGAAGACAGAAGAGGUCAAGAAGGAAGGUGCUGAUGCUACUGUCACCACUACAAAAGCCACUAGCAUUGAAGUAGUUUAA